CGAUUCAGUCAGCUGACCUGUCUUGUGAUAGCAGCUAGACUUGACUCUGAGAAGCACAGUUCUCGUCGUUGGCUCAACUACGCUGGAAAACGUCGCAUUCGUCGUAAAUUAAUUGUUCAAAAUGACGAACCAAAGUUUACUGAAGAUUGUAAAUGAGGACCGGGAAGGCAAGUUUGGAUUUGUCUACGCAGUAUCUGGACCUGUCGUCACUGCUGAAAAGAUGUCUGGAUCUGCUAUGUACGAGCUGGUGCGAGUUGGCUACUACGAAUUGGUAGGAGAAAUUAUCAGAUUGGAAGGUGACAUGGCUACAAUACAGGUAUACGAAGAGACAAGCGGUGUAACAGUUGGCGAUCCUGUGCUUCGUACUGGAAAGCCAUUGUCCGUCGAAUUGGGCCCCGGCAUUCUCGGCAGCAUCUUCGACGGUAUUCAACGUCCGUUGAAGGACAUCAACGAGCUCACGAGCUCAAUCUACAUCCCGAAGGGUGUCAAUGUGCCAGCGCUCUCGCGUACCGCCUCCUGGGAAUUUAAUCCGCAAAAUGUUAAGAACGGCAGCCACAUCACAGGCGGUGACUUGUACGGCAUUGUGCACGAGAACACUUUGGUGAAGCAUUGCAUGAUUCUUCCGCCCAAGUGCAAAGGCACUGUCACCUACGUCGCACCUGCUGGCAACUACACCGUUGAUGACAUCGUCUUGGAAACCGAAUUUGACGGCGAGAGACAGAAAUAUACUAUGCUUCAGGUGUGGCCAGUUCGUCAACCUCGUCCAGUUACUGAAAAAUUGCCAGCUAAUCAUCCUCUACUCACUGGCCAACGAGUCUUGGACUCUCUCUUCCCAUGCGUGCAAGGUGGAACCACGGCUAUUCCCGGCGCUUUCGGUUGCGGUAAAACCGUCAUUUCGCAGGCCCUCUCCAAGUAUUCCAACUCCGACGUGAUCAUCUACGUCGGUUGCGGAGAGCGCGGCAACGAGAUGUCCGAGGUGCUGCGCGAUUUUCCAGAGUUGACCGUGGAAAUCGACGGCGUCACCGAAUCCAUCAUGAAGCGUACCGCUCUGGUUGCCAAUACGUCCAACAUGCCUGUGGCCGCGCGUGAGGCGUCCAUUUACACCGGUAUCACGCUGUCUGAAUACUUCCGAGACAUGGGCUACAAUGUUUCGAUGAUGGCGGACUCGACGUCCCGUUGGGCCGAGGCUCUUCGAGAAAUCUCGGGUCGUCUGGCUGAAAUGCCUGCCGACUCCGGUUAUCCUGCUUACCUCGGUGCUCGUUUGGCCAGCUUCUACGAACGUGCUGGAAGGGUGAAAUGUCUGGGAAAUCCAGACCGUGAAGGGUCUGUCAGUAUCGUCGGUGCUGUGUCGCCGCCAGGCGGUGACUUUUCCGAUCCUGUGACGAGCGCAACGCUCGGUAUCGUACAGGUGUUCUGGGGAUUGGAUAAAAAGCUUGCGCAACGCAAACACUUCCCGUCCAUCAAUUGGCUUAUAUCGUACAGCAAGUAUUUGCGAGCGUUGGACGAUUUCUACGACAAGAACUUCCCGGAGUUCGUCCCGCUGAGGACGAAAGUGAAGGAAAUCUUGCAAGAGGAAGAAGACCUGUCGGAAAUCGUGCAGCUGGUGGGUAAGGCUUCGCUCGCCGAAACGGAUAAAAUCACGCUCGAGGUGGCGAAAUUGCUGAAGGACGACUUCUUGCAACAAAACAGCUACUCGCCGUACGAUCGUUUCUGUCCAUUCUACAAAACCGUGGGAAUGCUGCGAAACAUGAUUGCGUUCUACGAUAUGGCGAGACACGCGGUGGAAUCAACAGCCCAGUCAGAUAAUAAAAUCACGUGGAACGUCAUUAGAGACAGCAUGGGCAAUAUUCUUUAUCAACUGAGUUCCAUGAAAUUCAAGGAUCCUGUUAAGGACGGCGAAGCGAAAAUUAGGGCGGACUUUGAUCAGCUGCACGAGGAUAUUCAACAGGCAUUCAGGAAUUUAGAGGACUAAAAUUUCUAAGCUUGUCACUUGUUAAAAGCAAUUUUAAGAUAUUGAUUGUUCUAUAAUAUUAUCUGGCUCUAACAUUUAAGGAUGUCCCGGUCUAAUUUGUGAAUGCAGAUAGCUUGCCGAAUAUACGAUCACAAACAGCGUUAUGUCAUGUAUUAUUUGCCAUAAACAUGUAUUCUUGAAAGUGCCCGAAUUGUAAAUAGAAAAGUUAUGAAACAACUUCCGAUAUUAGCCGACACCGCGCGGCGGAACUAUACACAAGACAAUGCAACACGUCAUACGCGUGACGAUUGAGACAAUAAAACGGGACAUUCUUAAAUGCGUUCAAAGCGUAUAUUUGAAGAGAUGUGGCUCUACGUCGAGGAUUCACUUGCUUGAAUCGAGAACCGAGAGCUAAUUGGUAAUUAGUCGAAUAUUACCAGAAAAAGUCAAUCUUUCCCCUCGCGGAGACACUUGAUUUUUUUUUUGUCCGCUUUGUUGAAAGUGCAAUUGAAUAAUCCGAAAUAUUGAUAUUCUCACAUGUUUUCUGUGUGUAUAAACGAAGGUAUGAAAUAGCUUCCCGUUUUAUCCUGACGCGCGCAGACUAGAAUUAUUAUAUGAAAAAGAAAUACUCUCGAGUUAUCAAACACGUGGCAUGUGGAUGACAUGGCAGUUUUAUCUCGCAAGAUAUUGGAUCGCGGAGUAUUAAGUGGAGUAUUGUAACAUAUAAUGUACUAUUUAAGUGCGAUAAGUGAUGAUCGCAACUGCACAUAAUUAAGCAUACUAUAUAUAUAUACCUUAACAGUAAAACGUUACAAAUAUGAUUUAAGUUUAGAGAAGAACACACAUUAGAUAAAUGAUCGAGGUGUAGGGUCGUCGUUGUGAAGAUAAAUAGAAGGAAAAGAAUAUACGCAUGAUGAGACCGACCAGUGUUCCAUUGACUUCGAUAUCAUUUCCAAUGUAUAAUAUGUAAAAAAAAAAAGAAACAAUAAAAAAUUAUGCACAAGAGGACUUGCCUUGUGAGGGUGGAUAACGGUAUUGCCAAAUCAAUUAAAACGAUUCUCAAUAAACUUCGUUUUAAUAAUAAUAAUUAUUAUACAACAAUAACCUCGCGUUAUGUACAUUAACGAUAUAUUACAUUCCGACGUCUAACGCUUGGUGGAUUAAUUCUAACGCGCUUUUUCUUUCACAGAAUCAUCUCGUCUUGAAAAAAAUAUGUUAUUGCCACAUCCACACACUGAUCUAUGCAUAUGUACACAUACGCGUAUAUAUACAGGUGUAAAUAUACAGUCAUAUGUGUAUAAUUGAUCUAUUUUUACAAGUUAAUUCUUAACUCGCCCUAUGAAGUACCCUAUACAAUUAUGAAAACAGUAUUAAAAAUAAAAAAUAUGUAACGAACUUUGCACAGUUGCGUGAUCGUCGUAUUCGCAAGUCAAUGCAAAUCAACAAAAAUUACCUUUUCUUUCAAAAGUAAUCUUGGUUGCACCGCCGUUUAAAAAUCAGUUUUGCGAAAAAAAAAAAUUGUUAACAUUUUGAUAUUCACAGCCACGAUAUUCCCAUGUAUGCCAACUGCAUUGGCAUAUUACGUCUACGUGUGAUACUUCCGUGUCCAUUCAGAUCGAUUUUUCAAAUAUCAGUCAUAACUACACGGUUGUAAAAGAAUAUAUAAAAAAAAAAA